GAGAAAGAGGGAGAGAAAGAGGAGCAGCGAGCAGAAACAGGGGAAGACGCGAAACAGGGAGAAGAGAGAAAGAAGAGAAAGGAAAAAGGGCAAAAGAGAAAAAUUUGGCGCGCUCGUGACCCGGACGCCUCAUCAAGCCGACUCAAGUGUGUUUUGCAAGGCCGGAAUCCGAAUGCGUCGGUUCGUGUGAGCGUCGUAUUUGAUUUUUGGCUUUUCCAGGUUCUUCAGUGAGUCACGAAUAGGCGUGAGCGUUCGUUCGGGGAGGACUUUUUUGGUGGAAAUUUUGGGCCAUGGGCAAUUCCACUCUUGAGCGAAACAUUUUCGUUCACAGCUUACGAGUCCCUUGUUGCUCCAUCCAUCGAAAAAUGUCCCCUGUUUCAGUGCUCUGUUUCUUGCUCUUUCACCUGCUAAUUCCUUCCCCAGCGCAAGCGGACGGUGAUAUAACCAUCGGAUCUUCUCUGACCGCGAAAAAGGACGACUCUUCAUGGCUUUCACCUUCCGGGGACUUUGCAUUCGGCUUUCGUACGCUACCUGCCAACCCCGACAACCACGGUGAGGUCUUCUUGCUCUCCAUUUGGUAUAACAAGAUACCUUCGAGAACAAUCGUCUGGUUCGCAAAUGGAGAUCAUCCUGCACCUGAAAAUUCGAAGCUAGAGUUCACUUCCGAAAUUGGCCUGGUUCUCACUGAUCCACGAGGGCAAAGAUUGUGGAUAUCAGAGAACAUCGUCGGUACUAUCUCGCAUGCUACCUUCAACGACACAGGCAAUUUUAUUAUUCUCGGUUCAAAUUUGGAGAAUCUAUGGGAAAGCUUUGAAGAUCCCGACGACACAUUGCUUCCUUCACAAACGCUGGGAAAAAAUAAGUACCUUUCCUCUCGUCAAUCAGAAGGAAGCUUUUCCAGAGGAAAAUUCCAGCUUUGGAUGCUGGACAGCGGAGACCUCGUACUCAACACCAUAAACCUGCCUUCCAGUUAUGCAAACGAACCUUAUUACAGCACUGGAACUGCCCGAGAUUCGAACACGUCGAGCCCGGGGAAAGAAGUCGUGUUCGACGAUUCAGCUUCUCCAUUUGUUCUGAGAGAGAAUGGCGAUAAAGUUUACCUCUCGCAGGUGAAAGUACCUUCAGCAUCAGAUUUUUACCAUAGAAUUACGCUGAACUUUGAUGGGGUUUUGACUCAAUACGUACACCCCAAGAAUUCUAUUUCUAAUGGAACCUGGACCUCUCUGUGGUCUGAACCUGAAAAUAUAUGCACUGCCGUUCUUGCUCCACGCGGCUCUGGUGUUUGUGGCUACAACAGUAUUUGUUCCCUGGGUAACAAUAACAGGCCGAACUGUGGCUGCCCCGAAAAAUACACUUUGCUUGACCCCAACGAUGAGUAUGGCAGUUGCACACCUAACUUCACACUGAGUUGUGAGGAAGAUGAAAAGAAGCUGAAGCAAGGUUCCAUAGAGGAUCUUUACACUUUCGUAGAGCUAGAGCACACGGGUUGGCCGACGUCUGAUUAUGCCCUGCUGAAGCCUUUCUCUGAAGACGAAUGCAGAAACUCAUGCCUGCAUGACUGCAUGUGUGCGGCUGCCGGUUUCAGAGAUGGCAACAGUUGCUGGAAAAAGAAGCUUCCCCUGUCCAACGGAAGAGUUGAUCCUAACUUGCAAGGAAAGUUCCUAAUCAAAGUCCCGAAGCGUGACUCAACUCUUACAAACGAUUUCCAAUAUCUGUUGAUAAAAGACCACAAUCGUAGAAUUUUGAUUUUCGUUGGAUCAGUGCUAUUCGCAACUUCUGUGUCCGUCAAUUUUCUACUCAUCGGUGCUCUCACUUGGGGGUUUUUCUUUGUCUACCUCAACAAGCUCAAGAAUAUAUCCACCAAAGAGAACUUCGUGAAAUCAAAUUUGCGUUAUUUCACUUACCAAGAGCUUUUCCGAGCCACGGAUGGGUUCAAGGAAGAGGUAGGCCGGGGAUCUUUCGGGAUUGUUUAUAAAGGGGUGAUGUCCAACGAUGCACCAAUUGCCGUGAAGAAGCUAGCUAGUGGGAUGCAAAACAAGGAGAGGGAGUUCAGAACAGAAGUCGAUGUGAUAGGCCAGACCUCUCACAAGAAUCUGGUUAGAUUACUUGGUUUCUGUGAUGAAGGCCAAGAAAGGUUGCUCGUCUAUGAGUUUUUGAGCAAUGGCACACUAUCAAGUCUUCUCUUUUCAGGUGAAUCCAAACCCAGUUGGAUCCAGAGAUGCCAAAUUGCUUCAGGAAUUGCCAGGGGAUUACUAUACUUGCAUGAAGAGUGCACUACACAAAUCAUCCACUGCGAUAAACCACAGAACAUACUUCUCGAUGACUACUACAACGCGAGAAUCUCUGAUUUUGGACUUGCCAAGCUCCUGAAGAUGAGCCAGAGCCAUACUCAAACGAAUAUAAGAGGAACAAGAGGGUACAUCGCUCCUGAAUGGUUCAGGAACUUGCCCACCAGUGUGAAAGUGGAUGUCUAUAGCUACGUGUUGCUUCUGGAGAUAAUAUGCUGCAGGAGCUGUUUCAAGACUGAGGUGAGCAGAGAAAGUGAGGGAGGGCUCUUGACUGAUUGGGCUUAUGAUUGCUUCAUGCAUGGAAUGCUGGAUGCUCUGGUUGAAGGUGACACGGAGGGUCUGAGUAACAGGGUGAAGCUGAAGAAUUUGGUCAUGAUCACCUUAUGGUGUAUUCAAGAGGACCCUUCCUUGAGGCCAACGAUGAAGAAGGUGACACAGAUGCUGGAAGGAGCAGUGGAAGUGCCUGUCCCUCCAUGUCCAUUCCCCUUGAACAGCAGCACCUCCUCUUUCCUUCACCCAAAUUGAACAGGGCUUAAGUGGUAUGCUCCAUGAAUCACAAUUUUCUCACGCUGGUCGUGAACAUGUUAUCUUCGC